UACAGAAUAAAUAAGAAUGCAGUUUUUACAUGUACACACGCACACCACUUUUUUAUCUUUUAUUCUUUCGCAUUUUGCCUUCUCACAACUACGUUCAUGGGCAUGGCCCCCCACCCAACGAAAAUGAAGCUUUUGUUGCAGCUUAUAAAAAAUCUUUAUCAGUGUGCAAUUUUUUUCUUAUUCUUAUGAUUUUCCUCAAGUACCACGGCCACGGGUAGAUUCGUUUUCAGUGUGUGAGUGGACAUUUUAAUGUGGGAUUUCUGAGAGAGCGUGUUUGAAGGGGAAACAUAUCGUCAAAAGAAAGCCUGACCUGAUACGGAUAGAAAAAGAGGCAGUUCCCAUUCACACUACCACAACUAUUCUUGAAUCAAGAAAGUUGCAUUUUAAAAACAAGAUUUCGCACACAUUAGCAAUAAUGCAGAAAAAGUGCACUCUAAAAAACACACGUGUACUAUGUUUAAUACACUUUUGUGUAUCCCCGCAAGUAUAACCAGCUACAAGAGUUGUUUGUUCUUCAACUCCAAAGUGCAUUUUAUGCGUUAUAUCGAAAGGGGUGAUAUUAAUUAAGGUAGUAUACGUACGAGUGCGGUUGUUGGUUGCGUCUUCCGUGUCAAGUGCACUCUCCCGCAUACAUUGAGACGGGAAAGCUUCAUUUAACAACGAAGAAAAACUUUGAAAAAAACGUUGGACUGGACAUAAAUGGAAAAAAUUAAAUAAAAAAGCAAAUUAUAUCGCAUGCGCUUUUAUACCUAUCGCACACUGUAAAAGCAUUAUCUGUAUAAUCGUUAAUAUUGUUGUCCACCGUCUGUUUUUGUAUCUGCAUUUUGUAUAUUGUGCGUGGAGGACUUGAUUUUGUUGCCGUUCGCUAUCGCUCUCCCCUAGUUAAUGUCGUCUUAUACUGCCGAAAGCCGCUCUCAAUUGAGCAUAGAUGUGCUUUAACAAUAUUCUCUGCACACAGUCGAAUAAACACAACGCAUCCGAUAUGCAGCGGAAUGCAUUUUCGGACGCGACCCGAAUAAAUCCGAGUAGCGUCCGAUCGCGCUCUAUCAAUAAAAAGUUAUUUUUGCAUGUUUUUGUCGUUAUUGUUAAUAUCAUCUGUUUUGCCACUGUAUUCGUUUGGGGUAUAAAUGUUGACUUGAGCUGAUCGGAUUGGUGGUCCGAUAAGAAAGAAACUAAAUGAAAACUAACAAAUAUCUCCUACUAGUAACCAACUUACAUCACCCAAAACAUGUGCAUACAAUAAUAUUUAUUCACCGGAUUGGAUAUUAUAUUGAAAGCAAUCCUUUUCCAAGAGAAAUGCGAACCGAAAUUUAAAAUUCUUGCACUAAAUAACAAUCCUCUUCCCGUAUUAUAACAAAAUCUAAAUGAUCUUUGCUGCCGAAACAACAAUGACAAAGAAAACAGUGUAAGCCACGGUUGCUAAAAUUGACUUUCUGUAUUUGUUUCGUUAAUUUCCGCGGGUGAUUUAGUCUUCAAUUAUGUGGACAUUUGCUCAAUGAAAAUUUCCUUUAAUUUUUACAUUGUUUUCUUAAAUUUUGAUUAAUGUGUGUGAAUCAUAACAUAAUUACGCCAAAAUAGGUUAACUACAAAAAAAGGAAAAGGUCAAAAAGUCAAAAAGCCUAACUUAUGAAACCAAAACAUAAUACAACUUCGCUUGAACUAAUUAAUUUUUCGAAACUUUGUGUUUUUCAAUAAUGCUAUGCUCAUCAUCGUCUACAAAACAUACUCCUGCUUAUACUACAAAUAUGAGUAAUUAUGUUUUUAGAAGUAUACUAACACACAAGAAGAAACUGUUUUUUUAGGGGCAAUUAUAUUGGUCAAGCAACCAUGAAUAAUUCGUUCAUCUGUAAUAGAUUGAUUCUACCUAUAACCCUGGCGUGAUGGCUUAGAACGGGUAGCUGAAGAGUUGAUGGGACACAGAAAAUGGAAGCAAUAUCAAGAAGCUUUUACACGAAUACAAGGGCAUAAAUUAAACAAUAAACCUGAGAAUAUAUCACGGAAUAUACAAAUUAAUUAUCAUCGCCGACCAUUUGCUUCUAAAGAAUUGGAAAUAAAUGAUAAAUCUUUAAUAUCAUCGUUAACAAAGCAAGAGAAGCUCAAAACAACUUCAGUCAAAACGGAAGAAUGUUUAGAAGUUAACGAAAGUACAAUCGCGUUACACGGUUUAAGUUGUAAAAAUAUUCUUGAAAUUACUGAGGGCGAAUCUAAGGCACCUAGCAAAACUAACGAACUUCUUUUAGAAGUAGUCGAUUGGAAACCGAAUGAGAAGUGUAAUUUUUGCGACGCUGGUAAACUCCUCAUCGUGAACGAGAAGGGUGAACUAGUGGGCGAGUCCAGCCCGGCUUUGUCCGAGGCAGACCACGCCAUUAGACAGCCCGAGGAGACGGAAAGUGACUCCAAGGAAAGUGUUGCUCCAAACACAAAAGAGGAUGGGAAGAAAAUCCUCGCAUCACACUUUAGAGACUCAGUGACACCCAAUAUGACCUCUUUGGAGUCAAUGGCUGCACGAUGGCCAGGACUUCAGUCAGGAUUGGGGCAGUUAUAUCCAUGCAUAUUGUAUAAUUUAACUCAGAACGUCGACUCGGCCACACCAACUACCUCAGAGACAUCGGCUGCAGCUAUCAGUCCCUCAAUCAAGGAUUCUCCGAGUCCCAGUGAUUUUACGGGUGAACAGCCAUUAGAUCUUAGUUCGAAGCCAUCACCAAACUCUUUAACAAGUGGAAAUACAAGACAUGUGCACCGCACCAAAUCUCGUAUGACACCAAUAAGUGGACGUCGGACUUAUACCGAGGAAGAAUUGAAUAACGCAUUGCAAGAUAUAAUAAGUGGUAAAUUAGGUACACGGCGAGCUGCCGUACAAUACAACAUUCCUCGUUCUACUUUACGAAACAAAGUGUAUAAAAUUUCUUCGGGAGCAAGGCGUGAGAUGCUUACAACACUGCAAUACAUGCCAAGUAUUGAAGAUUUAGCUAAUAUUGAAUACGAUAAACAUGAUUUGACAGUCGAUGAAGAAGACAGCAAUGGUGAAAAGGUACAAAAAAGUUCGUUAAUGUCGCACACUAAUGAUGAUCUUGCUGACUCUACCGAUGUAGAAAACAAAUCUCUUACCUCCGAUCCAUCAAAAUCUGAACCCCACUAUAUUGAAGCUCAUACUAAAGAAACCACAUCACAAGAGUCACAGCCAAAGCAUACAACAUUAUCGCCACAACUUCCACCGCAACAAUCCUCUUCGAUUGGACAAAAUGUGUGGCAGAAUGUUCUACUCCAUAGUUUGCUUCUUUCCGGAAGCCUUUCUAUGCAACAAAAUUUCGAGGAAGCCUUUAAGAUUUUUAAUAGUUUGCUAUUAAAACAGGAUCUAGACUUACUUAAUCCUCAAAUUUUAAAGCAAUUACAGCAAUCCGAACAAUCAGCGCAACACUCACACCAAAUCACAGAUGAGCAGCAAAGCCUACAAUCAAAGUCACCUGCAAUACGCGUACAGGGAGCAUCUUUUCAAAGCCGUCUACAGAAGGCUGAAACACCGGAAACUGAAUAUUCAGCGGAGCUUAAUGAAGCGCUUGGUGAUGAUCCAUCAGUUAUUUUAAAAAUUCCGUCCUACAAACCGGUAGCUGUAUCGUUCACUUCAACAUCCUCACCUUCAGAAGCAUCAGAACUAUGUAAUAAUUCAAUGAUUGAACAUUUACCCCCAACUCCACCAAAGAUUUUGACACAAAGUUUAGUUAAAGCUAACACAUCAACGCAACAGAUACAGCAUAGCCACCAACCGCACCCACAACACGUUUCAUUGAUAUCAUCAGCCAAUGUAAUUCCUGUCUCAUCUCUAUCUAUAAAAUGUCAACAGAGGAGGGAAUCUCGAGCGUCACCAACUCUUUCUCUGCGUGAUGUCAUUGCGAACAGUAUAAGUAGAACUUUUAAUCAGCAGGCACAAAUUGAAGCAUCAAGCUUAAGUCCUGUUCCUUCUACAUCGUCAGCAAUGGACAUCAGCGAAAAGAAUAAAAGACCAAGCAUAUCAGUUGUUAAAAAUAUCGGUGGCACUGAUACUUCACGUUUUGCUGUUGCAUCCAAUAUGUUCGGUCAUCUUCGCUCUAAUAACCAUCAGCAUCAAACUCAAAGUUUGGCAAACAACAAUUUGGCUGGUGGAAAAGGUACGCGUCCGAAACGUGGGAAGUAUCGAAAUUAUGAUCGUGAUAGUCUUGUUGAAGCUGUCAAAGCAGUGCAACGCGGAGAAAUGUCUGUUCAUCGAGCUGGGAGCUACUACGGGGUUCCACAUUCGACACUUGAAUACAAGGUAAAGGAGCGGCAUUUAAUGAGGCCACGCAAAAGAGAACCAAAAAUUCAACCAACGUUAGAUGAUAGGUCAGGAGAAAACAGCCCAAGUGGAAACAUUUUGGGUUCAACUAUACCCACUUUGAAAAACACAAAUACUCGCGACCUGUCUGCCGUUGACAAUAUAGAUAGCUACAUUAAAACUAGUUGUAAUUCAAGCACAAAUAUUAGUCAAACACAAUCUGAUGCCAGCAAAAGUAGUACACUGUACUCCAAAACAUCAUCAAAUGGCAUGAAAAUAGCUCCGGCAUUGUUUGAACAAACUUUAACGGCCCAACUGCAUUAUCCCUCGCACUUUUUCUGGCACGGGGGCUUUAACCCUCUUCAGCUGGAUUUUGGAGCAAGAUCCCAAGCACACCCAGCUGUUGCUGUUGCAACAAUGGCUAGCUCUAGAAAUGAAACGUUUCCUUCAAGUCCCGAAUUUCAGGAAGAACAUAAACAACUUAAUUUAAUGGAAAAUCCACCUCUGCAGAAAAUAAAAAAAAGCUUCAGCAGUAGUACUACUAUUAAGAAUGUAGAAGACAUUGCUACUAACCUUUAUGAACCUGGAAGGGAUACAAACGGUUCCUUUUUAGAUGGCAUUAUACGAAAAACUUUGGACCGCAAGACUUCCGAUUCAAAGCAAAGCGCAUUACUAGAUGAAUUGGUUAAGAGUAAAAACAUAUCUUCGCCGAGAAUUAUUUUUAGCGAGCGCAUAGCUUCUGAUUUCCAAAAUAUGAAACGUUCCGGAAGCUCUGUAUUAUACCAUCAUUCAAAAGAGAUUAAACGUGAACGUACCAGCCCGACAUCAGAUAUUUCAAAUUCCGAUUCAGAAAAAAAUAUUCGACGUCCCUUCGAAUCAAAACAUCAACCUCCACAAUCAAAAUCAGACUUCCAAGAGGCUGAUUUGGACAAUAAUUUUGUAAGCGAAAACAGUGGUUUAAAUGACACCCAUCAUAAGACUUUUUAUAAGUCCAGCAGGAACAUGCCUAUAGAAAACACAUCAACGGUGCUGAUUAUUAGUAAUGAGCAUUCCAAACAGGAAAAUAUUAAGUCCGAAAUAGAGAACAGUUUAUAGAAAAAAUUGUAGGCAUAACACAUACAAGUAUAUAUUUUCGUAUAAGUGAAAACUAAUUGUAACAUUACGGCAACAAUGCGACCAAAAUAUGUCAUUUUUCCUUUUGAGGUAUUAAAAGUGCAAUUAAAAUAUAAAAUAUCUAAAACAAUAGGAGACAUUUUUCACUUCUUUUUCUAUCAAAGUAUAUUAUAAAAAAAUAUAGUAAAAUAUAUUAUUUUCAUACAUUAACAAUUAGAAACAAAGUUCACACACAAUAUUAAUAAGAACAUGAAAACAAAACUAUUGAUAAACAAAUUUUUAAUAAAUGCUAUACAAAUAUGAA